CGUCGCGUGCUCUGCCCUCCGCCCGACCCGUAGCCAUGGCGCCGCGUCGCCGCCGGCCCCCUCGGGGCCGCGAGCCCGAGCCCGAGCCGGGCGAGCCCCGCCCGGGGCCUACGGAGGGGAGCCCGGAGCGGCCGCAGGCAUCCAGUAAGAUCUUACCCGCCUUUCCAACGCCUGAUUACUCCUCUGACGUGGAGCCAGACACUAGAGAGAUGGUACGAGCACAGAACAAAAAGAAGAAGAAAUCUGGGGGCUUCCAGUCUAUGGGCUUGAGUUAUCCCAUAUUCAAAGGGGUCAUGAAGAAAGGCUACAAAGUGCCUACGCCAAUCCAGCGAAGGACCAUCCCUGUGAUCCUGGAUGGGAAAGACAUGGUGGCCAUGGCAAGGACCGGCAGUGGGAAGACGGCUUGUUUCCUCAUCCCCAUGUUUGAGAAGCUGAAGGCGCACAGUGCCCAGACGGGAGCACGAGCCCUCAUCCUCUCGCCAACCCGCGAGCUUGCCUUGCAGACUAUGAAAUUCACAAAGGAGCUGGGCAAGUUCACAGGCCUGAAGACUGCGUUGAUUCUGGGAGGAGAGAGGAUGGAAGACCAGUUUGCAGCUCUGCAUGAGAACCCCGAUAUAAUCAUUGGCACCCCGGGGCGCCUGAUGCACGUGGCUGUGGAAAUGAACCUGAAACUGCACAGUGUGGAGUACGUGGUGUUUGACGAAGCUGACAGGCUCUUUGAGAUGGGGUUUGCGGAGCAGCUGCAGGAGAUCAUCGCCCGGCUCCCCGAGAGCCGCCAGACCCUGCUUUUCUCUGCCACGCUCCCCAAACUGCUCGUGGAGUUUGCUCGGGCCGGUCUCACUGAGCCAGUCUUGAUCCGGUUGGACGUGGAGACCAAGCUCAGUGAGCAGCUCAAGCUGGCCUUCUUCCAUGUGCGCGCAGAUGACAAGCCGGCCGUGCUGCUGCACCUGCUGAGGAGCGUGGUGAGGCCGCAGGAUCAGACCGUCGUCUUCGUGGCCACCAAGCACCAUGCGGAGUACCUCAAGGAGUUGCUGACAGCGCAGGGCGUGAACUGCACCCAUAUCUACAGCUCCCUGGACCAGGCAGCCCGGAAAAUCAACAUCGCCAAGUUCGUGCACGGCCAGUGCGCAGUGCUGAUUGUUACCGACGUGGCUGCCCGCGGCAUUGAUAUCCCCAUGCUGGACAAUGUCAUCAACUACAGCUUCCCUGCCAAGCCCAAGCUGUUCCUGCACCGUGUCGGCCGCGUGGCUCGCGCUGGCCGCAGUGGCACCGCCUACUCCCUGGUGGCAUCGGAUGAGACCCCAUAUGUCUUUGACUUGCACCUGUUCCUGGGGCGCCCGCUCACCCUCGCCAGCCCCCACGAGAAACCCUCAGACGGGGAUGGGGUGUUUGGCAGAGUCCCCCAGAGCGUCAUCGAUGACGAGGAGUGUCUGCUGUUCACUGACCACGAGAGCUCGCUGGAUCUGCAGAGCCUGCGCAAGGUGUCGGAGAACGCGCACAAGCAGUACCUGAAGUCCCGUCCUGGCCCCUCGCCCGAGUCUGUCAAGAGGGUGAAGGAGCUGGACUUCUCCCUGCUGGGCAUCCACCCGCUCUUCAGUUCUUGCUUUGGGGAGGAUGAGCUGGAGAGACUGAAGUUCGUGGACAACAUUAAAACCUACAGAUCCAAAGCAACCAUCUUUGAGAUCAACGCCACCAACAAGACCCUGGCCAGCGAUGUGAUGCGAGCCAAGCGGAGCCGUGACCGCAGCCUCAUUGACAAGUACCAGAGGGGGCAGCAGGAGAGACGGGCUGGGGCUGCGCUGGGGGGCCAGGACCCAGCAGUCCCUGCCCCUGAGGAGGAGGAAGCAAACCUCCAGGAAGUGUUCUCCGCCGUGGUGGGCAGGAAGCGGAAGCGGCACCAGGUGGGAGAGGGCCUCAGGAAGAAGCAGCGGCAUGAGGCACAGCGGGAUGAGGAGUUCUACAUUCCCUACCGGCCCAAGGACUUGGAGAGCGAGCGGGGGCUGAGCAUUGGCGGGGAGGGCAGUGCCUUUGAGCAGCAGGCUUCUGGCGCCAUGCUCGACCUCCUGGGAGACGAGACCCACAACAUGAGCAAGACCAAGCAGCUGCUCAAGUGGGACCGCAAGAAGAAGCGGUUCGUGGGGAAAACUGGCCAAGAGGACAAGAAGAAAAUCUGCACAGAGAGUGGCAGGUACAUCAGCGGCUCCUACAAGAACAAUCUCUAUGAGAAGUGGAAGAAGAAAUACAAAGUUGAGGAGUGGGACUCCGAGGAGGAGGCGGGGAGCGAGCCGAGAGGCGGGGCGCACCGCAGGGGCAGAGGAGGCAAGCGGCUGGCGCCCGCCCCCGGAAAACACGGCUCCCAGCAGGGCAGGGUGCACUCGGAGCUGAAGAACAAGCAGCAGAUCUUGAAGCAGAGGAAGCGGGUGGCCAAGCAGAACUUUCUGCAGAUGGGCGGCCUGAAGCGGCUGAAAGGCAAGAAGCGGCAGCGGGUGCAGGAGCUGCGCAGGACGGCGUUCGGCCGGGGUGCUGCCAAGAAGGGGAAAAUGAGGAAAAGGAUGUAAAGAAUGGAGCGUGGGAGGGCAGCAGGCCUGGUCUGAGCGAAGGGCUGAUUCCCAGUCAUCUCCCCUUGCUGGGGGUGAGCUGCCCCAUGCACACUCUGCCCUGGGCGGGUGCCAUUAAAGGACAUUGGUUGGUUUUCA